AUUCCAACGAAUCAAAAAGCAGGAGGCGGGGUUUGUCGAAAUACGGGUGGGAAUAGAACGCAUGCGCGUUGCCGAACUGUGGACUGAGGGGCGGAUAAGCAGCAGUAGCAGCGGUAGCGGCGGAGAACUAGCGGGCAGCGGAGGGAUUUUUCUCGCCCGCUCCGACAUGGCCGGACAACAGUUCCAGUACGACGACAGCGGCAAUACGUUUUUCUACUUUCUUACGUCCUUCGUCGGUUUAAUCGUCAUCCCGGCCACCUACUACCUCUGGCCGCGGGAUCAGAACGCAGAGCAGUUGCGGUUGAAGAGCUUGAGAAGAGUUCAUGGAAGAUGUCUGUGGUAUCGCCUCAGGCUUAUGAAAUCACAGCAGAGCAUUGUCCCGACACUAAAAAAAGCAGCCCUGCUGUUUGGUUGGGCAAUAUUUAUCUUCCUGGCUUAUAAGGUGUCUAAAUUAGAUCGUGAGUACCAGGAGUAUAACCCCUAUGAGGUCCUAAAUCUUGAUCCGGGUGCAUCUGUGUCAGAAAUCAAGAAGCAGUACAGAGUGCUGUCGCUAAAAUUCCACCCUGACAAAGGAGGUGAUGAGGCCAUGUUCAUGAAGAUCGCUAAAGCUUAUUCAGCUUUAACCAACGAUGAAUCAAGGAAAAACUGGGAAACCUACGGCAACCCAGACGGCCCUAGAGUCGCAAAUUUUGGAAUUGCACUUCCUGCAUGGAUUGUUGAUCAGAAGAACUCCAUGCUGGUGCUGCUGGUGUAUGGUUUGGCCUUCAUGGUCAUUCUUCCCGUGGUUGUGGGUACAUGGUGGUACCGUUCCAUUCGUUACAGCGGCGAUCAGAUCCUUAUUAACACAACCCAGCUCUUCAUGCACUUUAUGUACAAAACGCCCACUAUGAACAUGAAACGACUGGUGAUGGUGCUAACGGCGGCCUUCGAAUUCGACCCACGUAGCAACAAAGAAGCUAUUAUAAGACCAACGGACAACAUUGAGGUUCCACAGCUGAUUCGGGAGCUGGGGAACAUCAACGUGAAGAAGAAAGAGCCUCCAUUUUGUUACCCCUACAGUCUGAAAGCUCGCGUGCUCGUCCUCACACACCUUGCCCGGAUGGAGGUGUCUGAGAAUAUCGAAGAAGACCAGCGGUUUGUGGUAAAAAAGUGCCCGGCUUUGCUUCAGGAGAUGAUCAACGUCGGUUGCCAGCUUACGAUGAUGGCUACCAGCAGAGGAGGAUUCCGCGCUCCCAGACUGUCCUCCAUCGAGAACUGUAUGAAGCUGACUCAGAUGGUGGUGCAGGGGCUACAGGAGGCCAAGUCUCCUUUACUGCAGCUGCCUCACUUUGAGGAAGAGAACCUCAGAUACUGCAUCUCCAAAAAGUAUAAAGUACGGAGCAUCCAGGACCUGGUGAGUCUGAAGGACUCGGACAGGAGGAACAUGUUGAGGUUUCUGGGAGAGGAGAAGUAUGACGAGGUUAUAGCGGUCCUCGGAAGCUUCCCGCACAUUACCAUGGAAACCAAACUUCAAGUGCUGGACGAUGAAGACAGUAAUAACAUCACAGCAGGAUCCAUCGUCACGGUUACGGUCACCUUGACACGGAAGAGGAUGUCUGAGGUUUUUGAGAAGGCGCAGGAGACUACGGCGCCUGUGGAGGAGGCCAACACGGAGGAGGCGCAAGCUGACGGCACUAAGAACAAAAUGAAAGUCUGGCAGAACAAGAGUAAAGGUGCUAAGAAAGCAUCCAAGUCCAAAAAGAAAAAACUGACGAAGAAAAAGCCGGUCUCUCAGCAGCAGGUCAAAGGAGACAAGGCCAAACAGGCUAAUGGCAAUGUGGCAGGAAAUGAAAUGGCUGCAGCAGCCAAAGAGGAAGACGAGGAGGUCUCUGACAAGGGCAGCGAAUCGGACGAAGCGGAGGCGACCAAGGACUCGCCCAGUGAGAGGGAUGACGAGAGUGACAAACAGAGCGACACCGAGGCGGACGAGGUCACAGGAGAUGAUGAGGAGGAGUGGGAGGCCCUUCAGCAGAGCAUCCAGCGGCGAGAGCGGGCCUUGCUAGAGACCAAGUCAAAGAUCACGCAUCCUGUGUACAGUUUGUACUUCCCAGAGGAGAAGCACGAGUGGUGGUGGCUGUACAUCGCUGACCGCAAGGAUCAGACGCUGGUGUCCAUGCCCUACCACGUCUGUACUCUGAAAGACACGGAGGAGGUCGAGUUGAAAUUCCCUGCUCCAUCCAAAACAGGGAACUAUCAGUUUUCAGUGAUUCUGAGGUCAGACUCGUAUAUGGGACUGGAUCAGAUUAAGCCGCUGAAGUUGGAGGUGCAUGAAGCGAAGGCCGUGUUGGACAACCAUCCACAGUGGGACAUCCCCGAGACUGAGGAAGAGGAGGAGGACCAGGAGGACAGCGACGGAAUCGAGGAGUCGGAAGAAGACGACGAAGACAAUGACUAAUCCAGCCAACCCUAUAUGAACUGACUCACACACCCAUGUGCCCUGUCAUGUUCUCACUCACACGCACACGCACACACACACACACACACACACACACACACACACAACUUUGCAGCUCAAAAGCGCCGCCAUACAUAAUGUAAACACAAACGUGACAUUUAAGAGGUAUGUGAUGGCCCUCCACGGUUCCUUUUUAAAAAAAAAACAAACAAAAAAACAAUCAUGCUUUGUUCACUUUGAAAUCCAAAAUGGCUGCCGGGUCGCUUUUCUGAAGUCCACAAUGAGGCGUUUUACCAACUGCCAUUUAAGAGAAAUAAACAGACUGCUUCCCUUAAAACAGACACCUCAUGAUCAUGUUUAAAAAUUUUUUUUUAAAAAUAUAUUGAUUAGACAUUGUGCGUAUUUUCUUUCUUCACGUUUAUGGUGUACUAGAUUAACUGAUCAGGAUGCGGGCCGUGUGAGCUGGACAGGCUAAUAUGUACACAUGGUGUCGAGUGGCAGGGCUUGCUAGGGAACCGGAGGCGUACGUAUUAAUCAUCUCAUUUUCAUUCUAGUCAGAGGCCUUGGAAGCUCUGCGUCAGCUCUGCCCGUGGCGCUCAUCGUCUCUUCCUCAUGCCCAUUUCACGAGGUCGACAUUCCACAGCCGGGACUUUUUCGUGCGCUAUAACCUUGAUAACGGACCAGCUGUACGGUUUAGUGUGUCUUGGUCCUAAUACAGACCUGCGUGAAGUCACAGGUAGAUGUAGCUGCUGUUUUUCCUUUUCUAUAUUUUCUUAGGGAUAUCUUUCCUCUAACGCUAAAGAUCGCUGCAACAUCCGAAGGUGUGGGUUGACUUCGUGUCUCCUCCCAACCCCCCACCCCCACACUACUCCGUGGCACUGUGUCUCUUUAGGAUUUUGUUGGCUUUGACAGUGAACGACUUUAAUGGGAGCGUGAGUUCAGGACGGUCGGGGAAUCCAUAUUGGCAUCCCACAACAAAUUUUCAUUCUGCUCAUAUUGAUUCAAAUCUGAAUCUUGUCACAUUUAGCUCACAUUCCACUUAUAUGAUGUGCUUUAUUCUUACUGGACAGUAUAGAAAGCAUCACUUGUGAAUACGUUAAAGUUUUGGAAGAUUUUCAUUCGUGUUUCCCGCUGGCACACCUUUUUUUUUUUUUUUUUUUUUUUUGGCAUUUACUUUGACGGCUUUAAUUGUUUCGACGCCAAUAAUCAAAUCGAGUUAAUCCAUAUAAUAAGCUUAUUUAAACUAAUUUUUAAAAAAGGCUAUGUACACAAUGGGUUAUUUAUAUGAUGUGAAACUUUAUUGCCUUCAUUUCAGUGGGUUGAAAUAACAGGGCUAUGAUUCGGUCAAUGGUGUGGUGAAUGUAGGCUCUUGACGGCAGGCCCUGCACCCCCCGCCACCCUUAGGGUUUUGCUAGUAUUUAGAUAAGAUACUUUGUCUAUUUUUGUAUCUGUUAAUUUUUGUGAUUUAUAUAAAUAUAUUUCAUCGGUGUGUUUUGGCGUAGUUACGGAGAAGGAGGGGGUCGGGGGUGUUAUUGACCAGGCCGAGGCGACGUACUGUCUUGCGGUUUCAAACAGUCGAUUGUGUGGUCUGUUUUAUGUCAGCCGGAUGAGCAGAGAGGGGAAAACUACAGCUUUAUUCUCCAUCCCAAGAAGCUCUUUGUUUAGGCUUUGACAUGUCUAUAGUAAUGAUGUGAAGACUACUAAUGCCCUGGAUGCCCCCAGUCUGCCGUCAGGCCCCUGCUAUAUUAAUAAAAGGGGGAUGGAUUUAGCCUUCCUGUGGACGUGGUUAUUUUUCAUUUCCAUCUCAAAGUAUUUCUCAGUGGGGAUUUUUUUUUCAACAUUAUUAUUAUUAUUAUUAUUAUUAUUAUUAUUAUUAUUAUCAUUAUUAUUGAUGGCUGUCCGGCAUGAACGUGUAAUUGUGGCCCGUGAGAUCUGUUUAGUACCGCUCUCUGAAAGAUGUUCUGCAGGCAAGCAUGAAUUGUGGAUAUGUAUAAAAUCUCUCUUUAAUUCA